GACGCGCUUGUACUUUUCCAGACGAUUCUUGGCCGGCGCCAUUUUGUGGGGACAAAGUUUUCUUCGCGUCGGUUGGUGAGAGACGACCCGGUCGCCGCGAGAGCCGCCCCGUGAAGCGGGAGCCACCCUGAACCGAGCAAUGCGGUAUUCCAGACAGACUAACUAUCCUGACUGGGAUGACAGGAACUGCUGGGAUGACAAAGUAUCCAGCAGGCACCAACACAGGAAAAGGCCAUUGAACAGCAGUGUGCAUGAGAGCAAGCGCUGCAAAUUUAAUCAUGCCGAAACUUACGACAGUCUUUAUUCAGAUGCCGAGUCCUUCCAUGAAUAUGAGAGAGGUCCUCAUGAACGACGCUACGUGGAAGAAUACAGCAGCAACUUCAGUCAGCUCUCUCAAACCAGGCAUCAUUGCAGAGAUCAUGAGAAUGGCUAUUACAACCACAGUAGCAAGUCAUCUGGUCAUAGUGUCCAAAGCAGUUACAAAAGAAAACACAGGACUCAUGGCAAAUCAGAUCAACGCUCACACACGAGGAGUCAUCGAAGGAAAAGAUCGAGGAGUGUAGAGGAUGAUGAGGAGGGUCACCUGAUCUGUCAGAGUGGAGACGUACUAAGUGCAAGAUAUGAAAUUGUAACUACUCUGGGUGAAGGUGCUUUUGGAAAAGUUGUGGAGUGCAUAGAUCACAAAAUGGGAAACAGACAUGUAGCAGUAAAAAUAGUUAAAAACGUUGAUAGGUAUUCUGAAGCCGCUCGAUCAGAAAUACAAGUGCUGGAGCAUUUGAAAGUAUCAGAUCCUUACAGUAAAUACCGCUGCGUCCAGAUGAUUGAAUGGUUUGAACAUCAUGGCCACGUCUGCAUUGUUUUUGAACUGCUGGGCCUUAGCACUUAUGACUUCAUAAAAGAAAACAGCUUUCUGCCCUUCAGUAUGGACCACAUUAGACGGAUGGCAUAUCAGAUCUGCAAAUCUGUAAAUUUUUUACAUUCCAACAAACUAACGCAUACAGAUUUGAAACCUGAAAACAUACUAUUUGUGAAGUCGGACUAUACGGAAAAGUAUAAUCAUAAACUGGUAAGCUUCAACUCUUACGUUUAUAAGCAGCUUUCAGUGUCCAUUUUGUUUGUUAUGGUCCAAAUACUUAGAAUUCGUGGUUUAUUUCAGAAACGGGAUGAACGCACACUGAAAAAUCCUGACAUCAAAGUUGUGGACUUUGGCAGUGCAACUUACGAUGACGAACAUCAUAGUACACUCGUGUCUACAAGGCAUUACCGAGCGCCUGAAGUAAUUUUGGCUUUGGGAUGGUCCCAGCCAUGUGACGUUUGGAGCAUUGGUUGCAUUCUCAUUGAAUAUUACCUUGGAUUUACAAUAUUUCCGACACACGACAGUAAAGAGCAUCUGGCAAUGAUGCAGAAGAUACUGGGACCAUUACCAAUUCACAUGAUUCAGAAAACCAGGAAACACAAGUACUUCCACCAAGACCGGUUAGAUUGGGAUGAGCACAGUUCCGCCGGAAGAUAUGUUUCAAGGCGUUGUAAACCACUGAAGGAAUUCAUGCAGUGCCACGACUCUGAUCAUGAAAGCCUGUUUGAUCUCAUAGGAAAAAUGUUAAAGUACGACCCUGCUGAACGAAUUACCCUUUCAGACGCUCUUAAACAUCCUUUCUUUUCACCAUUAAAGGAGAAGUAAAGUAACUACAGUUCUCUUGAAGUUAUUAAAGACUGUGUCAGUCAAAGCAAAUGUGAUUUAAACUUUUUGUAUAUUAGAGCUGUAAAUGUUUUGUAUUGUAUUGUUGAAAUAAUAGUUCUUGAAAUAAAGUAGUUCUUGAAAUAA